AGGUUAAAACACGGUGUAUGUCGCGAUGUAAAUAAACUUUCGAAUCAGAUAUGUGUACCUGGGACUUUCAUUUAAAAAAAGGGUAAGCUUUCCUCUGUUUUUUUGAACACGUCCACCUACCACGAGCUGUAUAAAGCUCUGUUCAGACAAACCACUCGUAGGAUUGCGAUUUUAGACGAGCACUCUCCAGGAAAUUCAAGGUAAAGGCGACGGUGACACGAUAGUGAAAAAAAAAUUGGCAAUAGACGGUUACACAGUGAGCUAGCGACGCCAAAGUAUAGUGAUGACGCGAUCUGCGAUCGAAAAGGCGGUCACCUGCGUUGAAUGAGAAAAUUUAAACGUACAUUUCAGUCAACGAUUCGCGAUCGAGUCGUGGAGGGAUGUAAUUGUAGGUAUCGUGCAGUGGUCCAUUUUGACAGCCCGAUUUGACAUUGAAAUUGUGUAAUAAAUUUCGCCAAUCGUCUCAGCGUAUAGUGGGCGAUUCGCCUCAUCAUCGAUCGCCCAAAAGUGUCGCAUCCGUGAUGGUAAAUGCGAAGUUGGAGCAAAUCGCGAAAACAAAUUGUAUCAAGUGCGAUCUCGAUCUCGAUCUCGGUUAUCAGUGCGACGACGUUAUCAAUCGGUAGGCCUACGAGUAGGUAGUACGUGCCUACUUGGGCGUCGAAAGUGAAGUGAAGAAAUGCCAGUCAAAUGGCAAAUGGCUCCGUGUCCGACGACAUCGGACACAGGUUCAGUACGCCUCAAUAUUACGUUAUAAAUACGGUCACGUUAAUCGGUAUCUUCGUAUCGAUAGUAUUCAUCUGUAUACAUUUGGUGGUGCAUUUAUUAGCCAAUAAAUUACACAACUUGCCUGGCCAUAAUUUAGCCUCGUUUUGCGUAUCUCUGCUAAUGGAGUAUAGCUCCAUAUUGCUCAGCGUCGUCCUGGAAGAUUACUUUUGCACCGAGAUAACAGCUACGGUGAAUUAUUUCGUACUAACGUCCUACAUGUGGAUGCUAAUCAUGUCGUACGAGACGUGGAGUACGAUUCGUACAUCGAUGAGGCAAUGCGCCCUAUCCACCGGUAAUCGCUGGAAACGGUUUUAUAUCUAUUCCGCCUGCUGUUGGCUAAUUCCAGCCUUGUUCCUAGCCUUGGAUUACGUCGUGCCGCAAUUCAACGCCAAAUACGCUGUUAUCACCGAUGAUAAAACGUGCCCGAGAUCCGAUCCUCUGCUGACCAUGAUCAAGGAAUGCGUCCUGCUCGUGAUAUUGUUCUCGAAUUCGUUGUUUUUCGGCAGCUCGCUGUAUUACUUGAGUAAUCACUCGGUUCGGAAUUUGAACACGACCGAUAGCGGAUUCGCCAAGAGAUUCAGUUUGUAUAUGAGGCUGGUGCUGAUAACUGGGUUCACGUGGACGUUGGAAGAGCUAGCUUUCUAUUCCGGAUGGGAUGUUUUAUCGUUGGCUUUUCAAACUAUAAACAUGUUCGAAGGAUUGUUCAUAGCUGUGGCAUUUACUUGCCGGAAGCAAGUGCUCGAUUCCGUUAGAUUUCUCAAAUGUAUAUAAAUUAUUACCUAUAAUAUGAUGAGGCAAUUACAUUAAAUGUGUGAAUCCUCUCUGCCUGCCUAUCAAUCUUACCAAAAUACUUCUGCGUUUAUUUUUAUUGUUUGUGUUCGAUUGAAAAUAUUUUUAAAAAGGGCCUUUGAAAAAACAAACAAAACUACUUAUUCGUAAGGUAUAAAAUAAUGAACAUAUAAAAUGUUUAGAUCGGAAAUUACUCGUAUUAUUAUCGCGCAAAUUAGGUUAGAACGAAGAAAACUUUCAUGCAUUGAUGUAGCCUACUGCUUAAUAAAUUUUUACCAAUUUGUA